GACCAAAUAGCGCGUCUUGAAAAGGUUGUGUCCUACAUGAGGUUACGUUAUGUUUAGUUCAAGUGAUAGACGAUUGAAAAUUCGCUUCUGACGAUAUUUUUUCGCAAUAGUGCGACAGUUCUUCGAUUGUGUCUGAAGAGUAGUGAAUGGGAAUAAAACGAGAGAGAAAAGAAGGAAAGGAAAAAAGUGAAAAAGAGGAUUAAAAAGUAAGAAAUGUUGACAUGGUGUGAUGUUAAACAAUGGGAACAAGUGUUAAGUCUUUAUUUAUUCUCGAUUAGAUAUCAUAAUUGAAUGGCGAUGGAUCAGUCUGUCUUGUGAGUGGGUCCAAGAAAGAGAUCAGCGUUGAUGCGACGGUCACAGUGACGAUGUUCCGCGAUGGAUCACUGUGAAAAAGAGAAACGGAAACAGAACCCCAGGGAGAGGGCUAACAUCCUAUCGCUGCUCACCUUUGUAUACACAAGAGGAUUAUUCAGGAAAGCAUUGAAGAAUGACUUGGAAGAAAAAGACCUAUACGAGGUGCUCAGAAAAAUUGGCUCGAAAAGAUGUGGAGACAAAAUAGAACGGCAAUGGAUACUGGAGAACAAGCGAGAAACCAAGCAUCCGUCAAUAUAUCAUUUGAUGUGGAAAAGGUUUGGAUGGAGGUAUCUAUGUAUUGGAAUGGUUCACUUGGCCUUUAGGGUACUUACCAGUAUUUUGGAGCCUCUAGCGAUGAGCAAUCUAGUAUCAUACUUCAAGCCUAAUCAAACGACAAUGACCAAAAACGAAGCCUACUACUAUGCAGCUAUGAUCCUCUGUUUGAAUUUGGUUCAAUGCGUAUACAUACAUAACUACAUCAUAUGGGUGCAACAACUAGGUAUUGAGAUCAAGACUGCUUUCUCCUCGCUGUUGUAUAGGAAGUCGUUGAGGCUGACACCUUCUGCUAUCUCGGAUAUAUCCUUGGGAAACAUCGUCACACUGAUAACAAAGGACGUCUACUCUUUCCAACAGGCUAUCUGGAUGAUCAAUGACACUUGGAUUGGCGUUCUGCAGACCUGUGUCAUCUGUUAUUUGCUUUAUUCAAAAAUUGGCGUUAUUUCGUUCAUUGGAAUUGGAUUUCUGCUUGCAGUUAUGCCUGUUCAGAUUGCAAUUGGAAAAUACGUCAGCAAGUUGCGAUUGAUUGUUGGAAAGAAAACAGAUGAAAGGCUGCAAAUCACCCAGGAAGCAUUAUCAACUAUAAGAAUCAUAAAAAUGUACACUUGGGAGAGGUUUUUCAGUGAUAAAGUCAAUCAAGCAAGGAAAAAUGAGGUGAGCAAGAUGCUGCUAGGCUUCUAUCUCCGACUCAUGAUCGUCAUACUGGGCAUACUGUUCAGCAAACUAGGUUUUUACGCUCUGAUAAUGUCAUACUCAUGGUUAGGCUACAAAACGAAUGCAGAACUGGUAUUCUUUAUUCUAGCUAUAUUUAAAGAUCUGAGGCACUGUUUAGGAGUUGGAAUUCCGUAUGGAAUGGGUCGAGCAGCAGAACUAUAUUCUUCCAUAGUUCGCAUAAACCGAGUGCUCCAAGGUGAAGAGCUGCAUCCAAAUUAUGGAAACGACCAUGCUACAGACAAACCCCUGAUAGAAUUGAAAGAUGCCACUGUUCACAUCAAAGAAACUGAGAUCCUAAAGAACAUUUCUUUCCGAACUGACUCUGGAUUGACUUUGGUCACUGGGACUGUGGGGUCAGGAAAGAGUUCCUUAUUGAAGACUAUGUUGCAGGACUAUCCUUUGACUAGUGGGCAAUUGAUCACUAGGGGAAGGAUGUCUUACGCAUCUCAGGAUCCUUGGCUAUUUCCUUCUUCCAUUAGGCAAAAUAUUUUGUUUGGACAGAAGUAUGAUGAGAAGAGGUACAGAGAAGUCGUAAGGGUAUGCGCUUUGGAAUACGAUUUUAGUCUGUUUGAUAAAGGUGAUGAAACUAUAGUCUCUGACAGGGGUCGAAACCUAAGCAAAGGGCAGCAAGCCAGAGUUAACUUAGCCAGAGCUAUAUAUAAGGAGAGUGAGAUAUAUCUCUUGGAUGACUCCUUAACAGCCUUGGAUGCGCAUGUCCAAGAUUUCAUCUUCUACGAAUGUAUCAAGAAGUUCCUCAAGGAUAAAAUCUGCAUUCUGGUAACUCAGACUGCUGGUCAUAUCCAAGAGGCAGACACUGUGGUCAUACUGAAUGGUGGGAAAAUAAAAUCUUGUGGCAAACCUGACGAACAUGUACUGCAAGAAAUUAAUAAAUUGAUUGUUGAAGACGACGACUUAGAGAAAGAGGUCAUUGAAGAGAAAGAAGCAGUUAAAGAAGAAAAGGACGAGAAAACACAUUUGUUGGAAACUGAACAAGUCGUUGCAAAAAAGAAAGUAUAUGAAGAGAUCAACAAAAAAGGAGAUGUAGAUUUUGCAGUCUAUAGGAAGUAUUUGAUGUUCGGUGGCGGAAUGUGUCUCAUGAUUUUGAAUCUAAUUUUAUUUGGUUUAGCUCAAGGAACUGAGAGUUAUUCCGAUCAGUUGUUGACACAGUGGGUGGACCAUCAGCACAUAGUAGAACUUCUUGAAAAGAACCUUACAUACUUGACCGAAGAAAACUCAACAUUAAUGUAUCCACAGGACAACUUCACUCUCCUGGACAACACAUACAAUAUAACACAUCUUGAAAAGGUCAUCGAGGAAGCCAAAUACAAAGAGGGCUUCACUUUGAAGCUCUGCUCAACGAUGAUUAUAGUUUCAACGGUUCUCACUUUGAUUAAGACUUACACUCUGUUUGACUUUUGCAAAAGGGCGUCGAUCAACGUUCACAAGGCAAUCGUCAAACAUAUAGUUUACGCAGUGAUGUCUUUCUUUGACACUCACUUCAUAGGGAAUAUCCUGAAUAGGUUUUCGCAGGAUUUAAAUAAUAUUGAUGAGCAGUUGCCUUUCGUUUUCACCGAAUGCUUCAGGGUUAUGUUCUCAGUCACAGGAAUCAUAUUCCUAAUAGCCAUUGUGAAUAUUAAUUUCUUGUUGUAUGCAUUUAUAUUCUUCAUAAUUCUGUAUAUCUUGAGGAAAUUGUAUCUACCCACGGGAAGAAGUCUAAAGCGACUAGAAGCAGCAACGCGAAGUCCGAUGAUAGGUCACCUAAACGCCUCCUUAGAAGGGCUCACAACGAUCAGAGCGUACAAAGCUCAAGACAUAUUAACAGAUGAGUUCGACAGACAUCAAGACUUAUUCAGUUCUGCUCAUUACACUGCUCUUUGCACCACGAGAGCUUUCGGAUUCAUCAUGGAUUUUCUUGUAUCUGUGUUCAUUGUGGCUGUUGUGGCCAAGUUUAUUUUUUCAGACACAGGUACUAGUGCAGGUAACGUUGGUCUAGCUUUGACGCAAGUGUUUAUGUUGGCUGGUCAUGUCCAGUGGGGCAUAAGGCAAUGGGCAGAAUUAGAAAACUUGAUGACGUCUGUUGAGAGAGUAUUGGAAUAUACGGAUAUCAAAACGGAAACUACUGAAGGAAGAGAGGAGGACAACUGGCCAAGUAAAGGCAAAGUAGUCUUCGACAAUGUCUCUCUAACCUACGGAAACAACGAACUGGUACUGAAGCACCUCAAUUUCAAAGUGGAGCCCAAACAGAAGAUCGGUAUCGUGGGCAGGACAGGAGCUGGUAAAUCUUCGAUUAUUGCUACGUUAUUUAGACUCUACGAUGUAGAUGGACGAAUCGUUAUCGAUGGAGUCGAUAUAAAGACACUUUCUUUGAAGUUUUUGAGAAAAAGGCUUGCUAUCAUCCCUCAAGACCCAGUGCUAUUCACUGGAACAAUCAGGACCAACCUGGAUCCCAUCGGAGAGUUCACCGACCAAGAUCUGUGGAACGCUUUGGAGAAAGUUAGCCUGAAGGAAUCUAUCACAAGUCUAGAAACAAAAAUCACUAGUCACGGUUCUACUUACAGUUCAGGCCAAAAGCAGCUGAUCUGUUUGGCCCGAGCAAUUUUGAGGAAAACCAAACUGGUGGUGCUGGAUGAAGCUACUGCAAAUAUGGAUCAUGAAACGGAUGCGUUGCUUCAUAAUACCAUAAAAGAGAACUUCGCUGAUUGUACAGUAUUUACGAUCGCCCAUAGACUUCAUUCGAUUUUAGAGUGUGACAAAGUGAUGGUUUUAGAUAAGGGAGAAAUCAAAGAAUUUGACGAUCCGAUGAGUUUAUUGGAGAAUAAAAAUGGAAUAUUCCACAAGAUGGUCAAGCAAGCUGGUCUACUUAACUAUCUGAAUUAAACUGUGUGGUUGUACAUACAAAUAAUAAUAAAUUAAUUUUACAUACAAA